UCUCGAUCUCAUCCGCACCCGCCCCUCACUUGCCCAGCCCGCCCGCUGGCCGGGCCGCCGCCUAUAAAGGACCGGAGCGGAGGCGGGCGCCCGCGAUUCCUCUCCUCUCUCUCUUCCCCUCUCCCCCCUUCGCCGUCUUCCUCGGUGACUCCUCUUCCCGCCGCAUUUCUCCUCCACUCGUGGAGGUGUAGUAGCUAGGAUACUGUACUGCUGCGUGCCGUCGCCGCGGGCCUGCGUGGUGAUGGAGGGGAACGCGGGCUCACUCUACGGCCGCCUCAACAGGUCCAGCACGCGGGGGUUCCUCGCCUACGUCGCCGCGGGGGGCACCUGCGCGGCCGUCCUCGCCUGCUUCGUCCUCUCCGCCGCGGACCCGCGCGCCGCCGAGCGCAACGAUGGCCUGCUACGCCUGAGCUCCCGCUCCGCGCGCGUCUGGCCCGACCUCGCGUUCAACUGGCGGGUGGUGGUGGCCACCGUCGUCGGGUUCCUCGGCUCCGCGUUCGGCACCGUCGGCGGAGUCGGAGGCGGCGGGAUCUUCGUGCCCAUGCUCAACCUCGUCGUCGGCUUCGACACCAAGUCCGCCGCCGCGCUCUCCAAAUGCAUGAUCAUGGGGGCCUCGGCGUCAUCCGUGUGGUACAAUCUCCAGGUGUCGCACCCGACCAAGGAGGCGCCCGUGAUCGACUAUAAGCUGGCGCUGCUCUUCCAGCCCAUGCUCAUGCUCGGCAUCACCAUCGGAGUCGAGCUCAGCGUCAUCUUCCCCUACUGGCUCAUUACCGUCCUCAUCAUAAUCCUCUUCGUAGGCACUUCAUCAAGAUCGUUCUACAAGGGAAUUCUCAUGUGGAGGGAGGAGACCAGGAUUCUGAUGGAGACGCGCGAGAGAGAAGAGCAAUCAAAGGCUGCUUGUGCCGCAAAUGAUGGUGAGAAAUUGGUCAUUGACCCAAGCUAUGAGGAGCCCCUCUUGACUAAGCCUCAGCCCAAGGUGAAGUCUGCAUUGGAGACUUUUCUGUUCAAUUUGAGGUGGAAGAAUAUCCUGGUUCUAAUGUCUGUCUGGUCAUGUUUCUUGGUGCUGCAAGUUCUCAAGAAUAAUUCGAAAUCAUGCAGCACUUUCUACUGGGUAAUCAACAUUCUACAGGUUCCAGUUGCGGUGAGUAUGUUCCUGUGGGAGGCCGUGCAGCUAUGCAGGGAGAGCCGUGCUCGCCGUAUCAAUGGGAACUUGGAGUGUGUGUGUGAGGCCUCUAUCGAGUGGUCACCUGCACAACUGAUCUUCUGCGCCCUCUGUGGUCUCCUCGGCGGGACUGUUGGUGGUCUUCUUGGAUCUGGUGGUGGGUUCAUCCUUGGCCCACUUCUUCUUGAGCUCGGGUGCAUACCUCAGGUUGCAAGUGCAACAGCAACAUUCGUGAUGAUGUUCUCCUCCUCCCUCUCUGUGAUGGAGUUCUACUUCCUGCACAGAUUCCCCAUCCCUUUUGCUGGCUAUCUCAUAUUCGUUUCCGUACUGGCUGGAUUCUGGGGCCAGUGCCUGGUUCGAAAGAUUGUGCAUGUGCUCAAGAGAGCAUCGCUGAUUGUCUUCAUCCUCUCCUCUGUCAUCUUCGCCAGCGCUCUUACAAUGGGCGUUGUUGGGAUCCAGAAGAGCAUUUCCAUGAUCAACAACCACGAAUACAUGGGGUUCCUCAACUUCUGCGAGUAACUCUACACAGCAUCACUGCAUCAGGCCAUCGAUACAUUGGGGAGAACCCAGGCCAAUACCUAAUUGACCUCAUCUCCCCCCAAAUUAGAACAAUAAAGUCGUCAAGUGUGAGCACAGGUUAGCUCCUCGCUGACCCGCGCGCAUCUUGUCCGACAGAGUCAGUCGUAGUGAUUUCAGCCCGUGUUAGCUCCUGGCUAACCCGGCAGACCCGCAUGCUCUGGUCUUGUUGGAGCAGUGGGCAAAGGUUUUGUCAUGUCACGCAUGUGUUAGCUCCUGGCUAACCUGCGAAUACGUGUGUCGGUUUUGGUUCUGUCAAGUCUGCGUUAGCUCCUGGCUAACCAGCAGGUAUUUGUCGUCCAUUCUUGCGCUAGCUCUUGGCUAGCCUGCAGAAGUGCAAAUAUUUUGUCGCAUGGAAUGUAAAUAUCAGCCAAUUGGCAUCCUGUCAGCGCAGCUGAGUGCGCCUCCAGCCGUGCUGAACUGUUGUGUAUGGUAUUCUUGAAUUCAAUCGUCUUCAGUUCUGCA